AAAGCCUGCGGGAUUUCCGCUAGUCCUGGCGCGAACUACACGUCCCAGGAAGCCCUGGCGCCCGGACGCGUAUCCACCCCGCCAUCCACUUGGAGAAGGCUUUACUCAGCCCGGGCCGACGCGCGGGCCAAUCCCCUCGCCCUGCACCUUGGGCUGGAAGCUGAGGCGGAUUCGCCCCCCAAUGAUGCUCCAGUUACAGAAGCAGCGUAAGUUUGUCAUUGUCCAGAGGAAGAGGAGCAACGUGGUUCUUGACCAUUUCAGCAGAACUGCUGGCAUCCUUCAGCUGGACCAGCCAGAGCUCCGGUUGUGAUUUUCCUGGGGAGACCCACGCUCCAGUCCAGCCCAGCAAAGGACCCCUCUUGGAGCCGCGUCUGCAGCUGCGAUCGGCCGACGUGCCUCUGCCCAAGCCGCGGCUGGCUCCGUCCACCUCUUACCCUUCAUUUAUCCGUGGAUCAUUUUGAAUCCAUCUUGUAAAUGUUUAGCAUUUUGCUGCUUUACUGCUUCUUUCUGGGGACAGUUCCAGCCUUGGCCGAGACCGGCGGAGAGGGGCUACUGAGCCCGGAGAGAAGCGAAAUAUGGGGACCGGGGCUGAAAGCAGCGGUCGUCCUUCCCGCGCGCUAUUUCUAUAUUCAGGCGGUGGACACAUCAGGAAAUAAAUUCACAUCUUCUCCGGGUGAAAAGGUGUUCCAGAUUAAAAUCUCAGCACCAGAUGAGCAAUUCACUAGAGUUGGAGUCCAGGUUUUAGACCGAAAAGAUGGGUCCUUCAUAGUAAGAUACAGGAUGUAUGCAAGCUACAAAAAUCUGAAGAUAGAAGUUAAAUUCCAAGGCCAACAUGUAGCCAAAUCUCCAUAUAUUUUGAAAGGGCCGGUUUACCAUGAGAAUUGUGACUGUCCUUUGGAAGACAGUGCAGCCUGGCUUCGGGAGAUGAACUGCCCGGAAACCAUUACUCAGAUUCAGAGAGAUCUGGCACAUUUCCCUACCGUUGAUCCAGAAAAGAUUGCAGCAGAAAUCCCGAAAAGAUUUGGACAAAGACAGAGCUUAUGUCAUUAUACCUUGAAGGAUAACAAGGUUUAUAUCAAGACUCAUGGUGAACAUGUAGGUUUUAGAAUUUUCAUGGAUGCCAUACUACUUUCUUUGACUAGAAAAGUGAAGAUGCCAGAUGUGGAGUUUUUUGUUAACUUAGGAGACUGGCCUUUGGAAAAAAAGAAAUCCAGUUCACACAUCCAUCCCAUCUUUUCUUGGUGUGGCUCCACGGAUUCCAAGGAUAUCGUGAUGCCUACCUAUGACCUGACUGACUCCGUUCUAGAAACCAUGGGCCGAGUGAGUCUGGAUAUGAUGUCUGUGCAAGCUAACACGGGGCCUCCCUGGGAAAGCAAAAACUCCACAGCUGUCUGGAGAGGGCGAGACAGCCGAAAGGAGAGACUCGAGCUGGUGAAACUGAGCAGAAAACACCCGGAACUUAUAGAUGCUGCUUUCACCAACUUUUUCUUCUUUAAACACGACGAAAGCCUGUAUGGGCCCCUUGUGAAGCACAUUUCAUUCUUUGAUUUCUUCAAGCAUAAGUAUCAGAUAAAUGUAGACGGCACUGUCGCUGCGUACCGCCUGCCAUAUCUGCUGGUGGGCGACAGUGUCGUCCUGAAGCAGGACUCCAUCUACUAUGAACACUUUUAUAACGAGCUGCAGCCCUGGAAACACUACAUUCCAGUUAAAAGCAACCUGAGCGACCUCCUAGAAAAACUUCAAUGGGCAAAAGAUCACGAUGAGGAGGCAAAGAAGAUAGCAAAAACAGGACAAGAAUUUGCAAGAAAUAAUCUCAUGGGUGAUGAUAUAUUCUGCUAUUAUUUUAAACUUUUCCAGGAAUAUGCCAGUUUACAAGUGAGUGAGCCCCAAAUCCGAGAGGGCAUGAAGAGAGUGGAACCACAGACUGAAGAUGACCUCUUUCCUUGCACGUGCCACAGGAAGAAGGUAACCAGAGCUGACCUUCUGACCCACGUCAGAACCAAAGAUGAACUCUAAUGUGCAAAAUACCUUCCUUUCAAAUAAUGGUGCUCUGAAGACUCUUCUUAACUGAAAAGAAGAAGAAUGUCUUUUAAAUAUUAAUUCCAUGGACAAUGUAAAAUCUGCUAUGUGAUUGCUUGGAUUAUGAAGAUAUGUUCCUUCUUAUUAUGCAGUAUUCCCGUGACUGUCCUUUGAAGCACGUUUUUAGAAUUUUAUAAUAAAAUCACUUUUAUUUUAAAA